CUCUUCCACCUACAUCCUUUUCUUCCUUCUUUCUCCAACCAAGGUUAAGGUGCUUUUUGUUAGAUUAGUAGAUCGAGGUAGCAGCCUCUCGGUUUAGGAGCUUUUGGCACGGGACUCACAUGCUCGUUGUAUGUACAAGAUAGGGUCUCGUGUUUUCGAUAGGGAAGCAAAUCGAUGUGUUACCAAAACAAUAACUCAGCUUUUGUUUUUUUGAAAAGCUUUGGAGAAGAAAUUUGCCUCAUAUAAUUUUUGUGCUUUCUUUUGAAGAAAUAUUUUAUAUCAUAAGUGUUUUUACUUCUGCUGCAAUUCUUUAUUAUAAAUCUUAUUUCCGAACUCUCCUAGGACUAAAAGUGCUUAGGGAGGUGUGUUAUAGCUACCCUCCAGCGAUAAAAAUCCAUCAAGUAGCAGCCGGCGGUCCCUUGGUGGUCGCCCGUACAUGGUGGUACGGUGCCCGGUAGGCAGCAACAACUAGGACUACCCUCUGACGGUGCAGGUACGACAAGAAGGGCCAACGUUUGUUAGCGGUAUCACACCUUAUCAAAUCAGAGGCUAUGGAAGCAGCUGGUGUUCCCCUUCCAUGGAGACAACUCCACCUUUCUUUAUACAUAUUCAUCGCUAUGGCGGAGUAUGGUCUAAUGAGAUUUACCCCUUCGCAACUUGGCAGAUUUGUGGGAGUGCUCUUUCGAUUCCACAUAAUUCACGCUUCAACCAUGGGCAAAGCUAGCCACUGUUGUCCCUUUGGCUAUGGGGAAGCUAUGCAUGGCUAACCCCGCAAUACAUAAAUAACAUGGCC